AUGAUAUAUUUAUAUAUUUUAACGUCUUUUAUCCCCAUUUUGUUUAAUAAUUUGCGCCAUUAAGUGCGAGCUCUUAGCUGCUAGCUUUAGCCGCGUAGCCAAGCUAACUACAAGCUGCAACGGAUUAAAGCUGUGUUGCAGCCGUAAUAAGGCUGUGAAAAUGGAUACAAGAGCCUUAAGGAAUCCAUAUCCUGACUAUGAUGGGAAUCCUGCGUUCACACAGGCGUUGUUUGACUUCCAGGGAAAGAUCACACCAGAGUUUGCCCAGAGGCUGAGCAGCAAGGUCAGCGAGCUUUUAGCUGUCAUGGAAAAUGGACUAAAGUCUGCUGAUCCAAGAGACUGCACUGCAUACACAGGCUGGGCAGGCAUCGCUUUGCUCUACUUGCACCUCCACGGCGUGUUUAAAGAGGACUCCUUCCUCCAGAAAGCACUGGAAUAUGUCAGCCGCAGCCUGAAGUGUUUGACCCGUCGCCAUGACGUCACCUUCCUGUGUGGGGAUGCAGGGCCGCUGGCUGUAGCCGCCGUGGUCUACUAUCGCAUUCAGAGGAUGCAAGAGGCUGAUGAGUGCAUCAACAGACUGAUGCAGUAUCACCAGACAGUGGUAAUCGGUUCAGGGGGGCUGCCAGAUGAGAUGCUUUAUGGGCGAGUAGGCUACCUGUACUCCCUUGUCUUUAUCAACCAGCAGCUGGGGCAAGACAGGAUCCCGCUGCAGUACAUCCAGCAGAUCAGCGAGGCCGUGCUGGCAUCGGGCGAGCACCUCAGCAGGAAGUUCCGCCUCCAAAACCAGAGCCCCUUGAUGUACGAGUGGUACCAGGAGCAGUAUGUGGGUGCUGCCCACGGCCUGGCUGGCAUCUACUAUUUCCUCAUGCAGCCUGGCUUUGUUUCAGUGGAGGAGCUCGUUCACAGGCUGGUGAAGCCCAGCGUCGAUCACGUCUGCCGCCUCAAGUUCCCCUCAGGGAACUACCCUCCCUGCAUCGGGGACGAUCGGGACCUGCUGGUGCACUGGUGCCACGGAUCUCCGGGGGUUAUUUACAUGCUCCUACAGGCAUAUAAGGCUUUUGGUAUCCCGCAGUACCUGGAGGACGCUCUGCAGUGUGGGGAGGUGGUAUGGAGGUGGGGUCUGUUAAAAAAGGGCUAUGGGCUGUGCCACGGCGUAGCUGGUAACGCCUACACCUUCUUGGCUCUCUACCGGCAAACGCAGGACCCAAAGCAGCUGUACAGAGCCUGCAUGUUUGCAGACUGGUGUAUGAACUACGGCAGGCAUGGAUGCCGGACACCAGACACACCCUUCUCUCUUUUUGAAGGUAUGGCUGGCACCAUCUAUUUCUUAGCAGACCUUCUGCAACCGUUGAGAGCAAGGUUCCCAGCGUUUGAAGUGUAGAAGUUGUCCACAAGUAGUCUCCCUCACCCACGCUGCAGAUCAUCUAACAAGAAGAAGGCUCACACUGCUCUCUGACCGAUGCAUGCAUGGGCACACUGCAUUAAUGUUAAAAAAAACUCCUGCUUUUCCUCUCUGCAAGCGUCCCAUCUUGUUAACAAAAGGAUCCCUCAGCUUGUUUCAUCAGGUGUGCAGAUUGAGAGCUUCUGUAGCUUCCUGUUAACUUUUUUGUGUUUGUGAUGAUUUUAAUCUUGUCAGACAAAUUGAGAUGGGAUGGAAAUAUGGAAAAAGAGACGAUGCAUUUUGGUACAUUUAUGUUAACUCAAAGUUUAAUCCGGGGCUUUAAAAAAAGUACGAACUGUGUUAUGUGAUUCUGGCUUAACCCUGCAACUUUCAAUGCAAAGGCUGUUGCAAUAAACUUUCUAAAUCCA